AUGAACGUCGGUGAACUUCUGGUUGAUAAAACCUACGUUGAAGAUGCAAAGGAUAAGGUUGAAUUUAUGCGAGAAGUUUUUUCAAACAAGAUCAAUCUUGAACCAAAUGUUCAAGGAAAUAUGUCAGCCUGUUUUAGAGAGAUUUCAGCUCGAUGUGAUAAAUUAGAAGCUCUUCAUGAGACGGCACAUGAGAUAGAGAGAGUAGCGUUGCAAAACUAA